GUGGAACCUACCUAAUCCAACAAUUACCUUUUCCCUUAUCACUCACCAUUUAGAGCCUCGUCAGUGCAUGAAAUCUUGUUCACCUUCAACCCCAGCCUUCCCCCUUCGCGCUUUCAUCUAAAAGAAAAGGUCAAGACAGCGUCCGGCUGAACUGUUCAUCAUGUCAGACGCUGACUUUGACACCGUUAGAAAGCUCCAAGCUGAGCGGAACGCUGCUGCAGCUGCUAAACAAGGGUCGCGCGGUCGAGACCCCAAGAACCAGCGAUCUGACAGUUCAACUAAGGCAAAGCUUACCGAGUCCUUCGACACCGAGCUCUACGACCGCGACGGAGAUGACAAAUAUGCAGGAUAUCUCACAUCUAUCCCCGCCGCCGAUGGGGAAGAUGAGGAGAUGGAAGAUGCUGAUAACUCGCGUCGUUUAGUUGGCCAGUACACCGCGACGCGUGCCCAGAUCGACGAAUUCGCCCACGGCAAUGGAGUCGAAGAGGAUGACCCCUUCGCAGGAAGAGGCGAAAACAGCACAAGGAUAAUCGACCGCGAAACUGACUACCAGAAACGUCGCUUCGAUCGUGUUCUUACCCCAACCAGAGCCGAUGCCUUCAAUCGCCAAGGAGGUGCAGCAGAAGGAGACACAUAUCGAGAUAUCAUGGAACGUAGAGAAAUAGAAAGAGAAGAAGAGAGGGUCAAGCGUGCUAUUCAAGCGAAGCGAGAAGGGAAAGAAAUCGACGGCAGUCACGAAGCAACGCUGAAGGAUGGAGAUAAAGAGAACACAGACGCUGGGUCUACUGAAGCAGCGACAACUGGGCGAAAGCGCAAGAAGAGGUGGGAUGUUUCUUCAACUGCUGUAGACGAACCUUCAUCUGAGUCUACAGAAGGGAAAGCCAAGAGAUCCAGAUGGGACCAAGCACCAUCGCUUCCUACCCCCGGCGCGGUUGACGGUGCCAAAAAAAGAUCUAGGUGGGAUCAAGCACCCUCUGCAACCCCCGUCGGUGCUAGCGGUCUAGCUACACCAAUGCACACAUCCUCACUUGGUGUUGGCGCAGUGAAGUCAGAUAUAUCCGGCCCUGGUGGCGUGCUCGGUGAUGAAGAAUUGAAUGUGCUCCUUCCAGGUGAAGAGCAGGGCUAUAAGAUUCUUGACCCUCCGUCAGGAUAUCCUACCGGACAUGCCCCUCUCCAUAGAGUUGCGGCUACACCGCUUCCACCAAAUUACGGUGGUUUCAUGAUGCAGGAUCCGGAGAGCACAAGAUUAGGAGGAAGCCAGAUGCCCAAAGAAAUUCCUGGCGUUGGUGAGCUACAAUUUUUCAAGCAAGAAGAUAUGGCAUACUUCGGCAAGUUAGCAGACGGCUCCGAUGAAAAUACUCUCAGCGUCGAAGAGCUAAAGGAGCGAAAAAUUAUGAGGCUUCUUCUGAAGAUCAAGAACGGUACUCCUCCUAUGCGAAAGACCGCUCUCAGACAACUUACAGAUAAUGCAAGGCAGUUCGGUGCUGGGGCUCUGUUCAACCAGAUUCUCCCUCUUCUGAUGGAGAAGACGCUAGAAGACCAAGAACGCCAUCUACUCGUCAAGGUGAUCGACCGUAUCCUAUGGAAGCUCGAUGACCUUGUCCGUCCUUAUGUACACAAAAUCCUCGUCGUUAUCGAACCGCUUCUUAUCGACCAAGAUUACUAUGCGAGAGUUGAGGGUCGAGAGAUUAUCUCUAACCUCAGUAAGGCCGCCGGUCUCGCCACUAUGAUCAGCACGAUGAGGCCUGAUAUCGAUCACGUCGAUGAGUACGUACGUAACACGACGGCGAGAGCUUUUGCUGUCGUGGCUUCAGCACUCGGCAUUCCUGCGCUUUUACCUUUCUUACGAGCAGUAUGUCGAAGCAAGAAGUCAUGGCAAGCCCGACAUACUGGUGUCAAAAUUGUGCAACAAAUUCCCAUCCUGAUGGGUUGUGCCGUACUACCUCACCUUAAAGGUCUUGUGGACUGCAUAGGCCCGAACCUGAACGAUGAGCAAACGAAGGUACGGACAGUUACUAGUUUGGCCAUUGCUGCCCUUGCUGAAGCGUCCAACCCUUAUGGUAUUGAAUGUUUCGACGAUAUUCUUAACCCUCUGUGGACAGGUGCGCGGAAGCAACGUGGUAAGGGUCUUGCCGGCUUUCUCAAAGCUGUCGGCUAUAUCAUUCCCCUCAUGGAUGAAGAAUAUGCCAAUUACUAUACCUCACAAGUAAUGGACAUUCUUCUCCGAGAAUUCUCGUCUCCGGAUGAGGAGAUGAAGAAGGUGGUACUGAAAGUUGUAUCUCAGUGCGCGGGUACUGAGGGUGUAACAGCUGGGUACCUUAAGGAGCAUGUUCUAGAUGAGUUCUUCAAGAGUUUCUGGGUGAGACGAAUGGCCCUAGAUAAACGAAACUAUCGACAAGUGGUGGAAACAACAGUUGAUAUCGGCCAGAAGGUCGGCGCCAGCGAGAUCCUGGAGCGAAUCGUCGGCAACCUCAAAGAUGAGAGCGAGGCUUACCGCAAGAUGACUGUCGAGACCGUGGAAAAGGUAGUUGCCAGUCUAGGUGCGGCAGACAUCGGCGAGAGAUUGGAGGAGCGACUAAUCGACGGCAUUCUCCAUUCCUUCCAGGAACAAAGUGUUGAAGAUAUCAUCAUGUUAAACGGCUUCGGUACAGUUGUUAACGCCCUAGGCACCCGGUGCAAGCCUUAUCUACCUCAAAUAGUGUCAACGAUCUUGUGGCGUCUAAACAACAAAUCCGCAACAAUCCGUCAGCAAGCCGCGGAUCUUAUCAGCAGAAUUGCCAUAGUCAUGAAGCAGUGCGGCGAAGAUGCCCUUAUGGGUAAGCUAGGUGUUGUCUUAUACGAAUACCUCGGAGAGGAGUACCCUGAAGUUCUCGGUUCGAUUCUCUCGGCACUACGAAGCAUUGUUACCGUAGUUGGUAUCAGCCAAAUGCAACCACCAAUUAAAGACUUGCUACCGCGUCUCACUCCCAUUUUACGAAAUCGACACGAGAAGGUGCAGGAAAAUACUAUUGAUCUUGUCGGCCGUAUCGCCGAUCGUGGACCCGAAAGUGUAAACGCAAGAGAAUGGAUGAGAAUUUGCUUUGAGCUGCUAGAUAUGCUGAAAGCACACAAGAAGGGCAUCCGAAGAGCAGCAAACAACACAUUCGGUUUCAUUGCGAAAGCUAUCGGGCCGCAGGAUGUGUUGGCCACCCUACUGAACAACCUUCGCGUCCAGGAGCGCCAGUCCCGAGUCUGCACGGCGGUUGCAAUUGCUAUCGUUGCUGAGACUUGUGCUCCUUUCACAGUGCUCCCUGCUCUGAUGAACGAGUAUAGGGUCCCUGAACUCAACGUACAGAAUGGUGUGCUCAAAUCGUUAUCAUUCCUUUUCGAAUACAUUGGAGAGAUGGCCAAAGAUUACGUCUACGCCGUCACACCGCUUUUGGAGGAUGCCUUGAUCGACCGCGAUCAGGUGCAUCGCCAGACGGCCGCAUCCGUCGUUAAGCAUAUCGCACUCGGUGUCGUUGGUCUAGGUUGCGAAGAUGCCAUGGUGCAUCUCCUGAACCUCCUUUGGCCCAACCUCUUUGAGACCAGUCCGCACGUUAUCGACCGCAUAGUAGAGGCUAUCGAAGCAAUCCGGAUGGCGGUCGGACCCGGUCUUGUGCUAAAUUACGUGUGGGCUGGUCUAUUCCAUCCCGCCCGUAAGGUACGACAGCCUUACUGGCGGCUCUACAACGACGCGUACGUGCAAGCUGCCGACGCCAUGGUCCCGUACUACCCUAACCUGAGCGAGGACGGUAUCGAUAGGCCUGAGUUGGCUAUCGUGCUAUAGAGUUAUUCCCCCCUUUUUUUCUUCUUCUUUUUUAAGUUAAAAUGGCUAGUAAGUAGUAUUAUCCAUUCAGCCACGUGAGUUCGGGACAUCUGGCUGGCGUUGUACAGUAGAUUCAAAUCAAACCCAAAAUAAUGAGGAGUGCGUGUGUAUGUGUGUGUGUGUGAUGAGGGCCGAGUUGAAAUAAUAGCCGCGGCUGUUUCAAUAGCAGAGAUGGGUAGUCAAAUCAUCAAUGGGGAGGCGAUUCAUGGGUGUUUAUUGGGAAGGAUUACGCAUGCGUUAGGCGCUUUGCUUGUCUGCUGAAUAAAUAUAUUUAUUUAUUUCUUGCGGGAAACAUAUAACUACCGUGCCUAGAGGUUAUGAAUAGGGAGGAGCCUUUUAUGUUUGACAGGCUUCUCCUCUCACUUGGAUAAUUCUUGGUUGUGUUGAAGUGUUUACUUAAUGUAAAAGUCUUGAAAAAAA